UUGAUCGUCUUUAAGCUCUAAUUAAUUUCGGAGAUCGUCUGGUUAUAAACCGAGUUUUCUCACGAUGGUUCUGCUGCAUCGCCGCCGGAGAAAAGAGACGCUGGUUUGGCUGUUGCCGGGUCUGCUUGGAGUCUGCAUGGCAUUUGGCCCGAGCAAAGCAGAGGAGGAAGAUUACGAGGAUGUCCCCAUAAAUAAAACUUGGGUUUUAUCACCAAAGGUCUACGAGAAUGACGUCACCCUUAUCCUAAACAAAUUACUGCAAGGUUAUGACAACAAACUAAGACCAGAUAUCGGAGUGAGACCGACUGUGAUUGAGACGGCAGUGUAUGUGAACAGCAUAGGUCCAGUAGAUCCCAUCAAUAUGGAGUACACCAUAGACAUCUUCUUUGCUCAGGCGUGGUACGACAGCAGACUCAAAUUCAACAGCUCAAUGAAACUCCUCAUGCUCAACAGCAACAUGGUCGGAAAAAUCUGGAUCCCUGACACCUUUUUCCGCAACUCACGCAAAUCUGACGCCCACUGGAUCACGACACCCAAUCGCCUUCUGCGGCUCUGGAGCAAUGGAAGAGUGAUGUAUACUCUAAGGUUGACUAUUAAUGCGGAAUGCUACCUUAAGCUGCAUAACUUUCCCAUGGAUGAACAUUCGUGCCCUCUGGAGUUUUCAAGCUAUGGGUAUCCAAAGAAUGAGAUCCAGUAUAGAUGGCAGCGUCGUUCGGUUGAGGUUGCAGACCAACGAUACUGGAGGCUUUACCAGUUUGCCUUUGUGGGUCUACGGAACACUUCUGAUGUGGCACACACUCAGUCUGGGGAGUAUGUGGUUAUGACCAUUUUCUUUGACCUGAGCCGGAGAAUGGGCUACUUCACCAUCCAGACCUACAUCCCCUGCAGCAUGAUUGUGGUUUUGUCCUGGGUCUCUUUCUGGAUUAACAAGGAUGCUGUGCCUGCCAGAACAUCUUUAGGUAUCACAACUGUGCUCACCAUGACAACCCUAAGCACCAUAUCGAGGAAGUCCUUGCCGAAGGUGUCGUACGUGACAGCCAUGGAUCUGUUUGUGUCUGUCUGCUUCAUCUUCACCUUUGCUGCUCUUAUGGAAUACGGGACCCUGCAUUAUUUCACAAGCAAUCGACAGAACAAGAAGACCAAAUCAAGCCAUGCACAGAAACCCAGCAUGGUUAACAUCAGACCAGGGACAUCUCUGCUGCAGAUGAACAAUAUUGCUCCCUACCACGAGGAUGACGAUUAUGCGUAUGAAUGUCUGGACGGGAAAGACUGCACCAGUUUCUUCUGCUGCUUUGAUGAUUGUCGCUCCGGAGCUUGGCGUGAGAACAGAAUGCAUGUCCACGUCUCCAAAAUCGACUCCUACUCCCGAAUAUUCUUCCCAACCGCCUUUGGCCUCUUCAACCUUGUCUACUGGAUUGGAUAUCUGUAUCUUUAAAGAUGUUGGGCAAGAUUUUGGGACUCGGUUCUAGUAAUAUUUACAAAUCAUCUGUAAAUUCUCCAUCUGCUAAAUCUGACAGCAUAAACCUUUGAGAGAAGGGGACGUGUGAGGCUUGAUUUGGAUGUAUUAGUACUUAAUGUAUCUUUAAUUGUACCUGGUAUUUAAUUUAUUGAAGGAUCUGAAUUUUGGAAGGACGAUUACUGACUGUGAUUCUGCAUUGAUGCCAACUGAAUAUUACCAGCGAUUUCAGUUUUUGAGAAGGAAAUGUUUGGUUUUUCAUCAGUUACACAGGCCAUAUCAAACCUUGCCUAGUUUAAAAUGAUCUCUUAAAAACACCAAACCACCUGCAUUUUUUGAACUGCAGUAUUAGCAUCAUGUUAGCAUCACUAUUGCAACUAUGAUAAAACUUCAGGUUAGUAUCUCUCUGGCUGACGCAAAAUAUUAUUAUUUGCAAGGAAAAGUAGAUAUAUUAGUCGCUUCUGAUACUAAUUUUCCAAGAUAAAAGAAAACAGCUAGCUACAUGUCAGAAAACGAAUAUUUACAUAUUAAUCUCUCAGAAUGUUUUUAUUUCAAACUUAAAAUAGCUAUAUUUCUGUGUGAAUUACCUGCAUUCAGUCAUGUACCAAACAAACCAAAGCAUAGAUACCUGAAGGUUACAUGAAUAGAAUUUUGUUCAGCUCAAGAAUUACCCAGAAGCCAUUUACUUGGAAUUAGCCUAUAAUGAUACUGUGAAAUGUUCUUGACUUGAACUAAUAAGCUGUCUCUGCAAUAGAUGACACAAUGAAAUGCCAGUGUGCCCAAGAUAAAAGGGUUCACAUGUAAUUUUUUAUAUAUCCAACAAAAGGAAUAGAGUAGCCUUUACAAUUCACAAAUGUUCAGUGUCCUUUAGUACAAAUUAGAGUUCAUCACUCUCUUCCGUAUUCAAGACAGCAUUUUGUCUCUCCUCGCGAAUGGCUAGAUUUUUGUCAGCGUAAUUGCAUGACUCAUCUGAGCUCCUACGGCUAAUCAACCCAUAUUUGGAAACGGGUCUGAUGGACUUUCUUCAGCAGAAGAGCUUCUAGACAGUCCCAUCGCACACAGUCUCAAAACUACGACAUCUGAAAAUGUACAG